AAUUCUUCUUUCCAUGUUCAUUGGUGCAUUAUGGAAUUAAAUGCUUAUGGUUGCCUUUCUAUUCAAAGAAAAUCAUGAGUUCCACAUCUAAUAAGUUGAGCCAGGGUAGGAGGCUUCUUGCAAACAAAUCAAUGAAUGAGGCCAAUGCUAAAGGAGAAGUCUUGAAGGUUAAUGGAAACACAAUUUAUGUGAAAAACUAUGCACUUUCAUUUGAAGAAGAUAGCAGAGUUAUUUCUGAAAUCAAGAGUGAUGAUGAGAAGUUACAGUUAGUUAUAAACAGAAUCAUAAAGCACUGUUUUGAACUAUUGGAGAUGAAAACACGUUCUGCAAAUGUAGAUUUCUUCAAAAAAAUUGGUUCUGCCACAACAGGUGAACAUAAUAUAUGGUGGAUUGGAGGCUUUCGUCCUUCACAACUUCUUCAGGUAAUUCUGCCUAAACUUGAAGAUGUGUGCAGCAAACAACAAAUUAGUGAUAUUUUGAAUCUUGGACAAUCAUGUGAACAAGCAGAACAUGCUCUUGCACAAGGCAUGGAAAGACUCCAUCAAAUCAUUGAUAAACGGUUUGAACAAAACUAUGUAACUCAACAACUAAGCUUCUUCAAGCAGGCUGAUUUUCUUCGCCAAGAAUUCUUGCAUCAAUUUUGUCAUCUCCUUACAAUUUGUCAGCAUGCUCAAUUCAUUGUUGCUCUCAAGGAACAUCUGCAUAACCCUCGGAGCUCACUUUGAGGAUUUAUAUCAAGUGAUAUUAAAUAAAUAUUUUCUAUGUACACUCUAUUCUUAGAAAAUGUCCAAUUCAUAUAAAUUUUUAUCAAGUUUAUGUGAAAGUCAAAUAAUUUAGUGAGACUUGUAGAAGAAAGUGUAUUGAGAACAAUAUGUUCAGGAGUAUGUAGCUUACUGCUUAUUUGUAAUUUAUGAGGUUUAAUUAAUGUAAUCAUCGUGUUAUUUAGUUAAUCUAAA